ACCACUAGGCCCGUCUUCGCACUCCUGAUCAUCUCCAAAGCCGGCUCACUUAUCUACCACCGCACCUUCCCAACCUCGACACCAGGAACCGCAGGAAACAGCACACAAAGCCAACCCGUCGGAACACUAGGACUUCCAGGCACCAGCACCCUAACGACGAAUGACUACCUCGUGCUAGCAGGGACAUUCCACGGCGUGCAUGCCAUCACACGUUCCUUGACCCCCAGAGUACCCGUCACGCCCUCGUCCGCGAGUUCCUCAUCCCGGGAUUGGACAUAUCCAGAUCCAAGCGUCGCGCCUUCGGGCAUUGAGUCCAUGGAGUCCUCUUUUUUCCGCUUGACGGUAUUCCAAACCCUCAGUGGUACCAAGUUCUUACUGUUCACGGAUCCGAGCAUGCCCAACACCGAUGUCCUGAUGAAGGGCGUCUAUGAGAGAUAUGCCGAUUUCGUUUGCAAGAACCCUUUUUGGCAGAUGGAGAUGCCCAUCAGGAUCGAUGCCUGGGAGCGAAGUCUUAACCAGUGGCUGACUCGGCGGUGA